AUGGAGUUAUAUCUUAGUAAUGUGAAUGCUACUGGUAGGAUACCUGAAUCAUUUGGUCAUCUAACUUCACUGCGUAAAUUAGAUUUGUUUUCUUGUAAUCUCUCGGGGUCUAUUCCUAAACCUCUAUGGAAUCUCACCAAUAUAGAGACUUUGGUUCUUGCUUAUAACCAUCUUGAAAGACCAAUUUCCAAUUUCUUUAGAUUUGGAAAGCUCAAGUCGUUAUCAAUAGGAAAUAACAACUUUAAUGGCCAACUUGAGUUCUUAUCCUUAAACACAUGCACGCAACUUGUUGAGCUAGAUUUUUCAUUUAAUUCCCUAAUAACAGGUUCAAUUCCUUCUAAUGAGUUCAAGUACCAAUCAUUGUUUGUUGUUUCUCUCAAACAAAAUCAGCUGGAAGGUCCUAUUCCAAAGUCAUUCCUAUACCAGCAAAUCCUGCACUAUCUUUUCCUUUCACAAAAUAAUCUCAGUGGACAGAUCACAUCAACCAUCUGCAAUCGAGUACUGAUGGUGCUAGAUUUGGGCAGCAAUAGUUUGGAGGGAACAAUCCCAUUAUGUUUGGGUGAGAUAAGUAUCCUUCGGAUUUUGGAUUUAAGCAACAAUAGUCUUAGUGGGACAUUAAAUACAAAUUUUAGUAUAGGAAAUUAUCUUGGAGUCAUUAAAUUUGACAGGAAUAAGCUAGAGGGGAAAGUCCCGCAAUCUUUUAUCAAUUGCAAAUAUUUGAAAGUUCUCGACUUAGGUAACAAUGAAUUGAAUGACACAUUUCCUGAAUGGUUGGGAGCCCUACCUGAGUUGCAGCUAUUAAACUUGAGAUCAAAUAAGUUUUAUGGCCCUAUAAAAGAUUCAAGGACUGACAACUUGUUUGCUCAAAUUCGAAUCAUAGAUCUCUCAUCCAAUGGAUUUAGUGGAGAUUUACCAGUGAGCCUUUUCGAGAAUUUUGAAGCCAUGAAAAUAAUUGGUGAGAAAAAUGGAACCCGUGAGUAUGUAGCAGAUUAUUAUUCUAAUUUUUACUCAAAUUCCUUUAUAGUGACAACAAAAGGACUGGAGCUUCAAUUUCCUCGAGUUUUGACUACAAACAUAAUCAUAAAUCUCUCUAACAACAAAUUUGAAGGUCAUAUCCCAAGCAUUAUUGGAGAUCUCAUUGGUCUUCGUACGUUAAACUUAUCUCAUAAUUGCUUGGAAGGUUUCAAGAGAAGCAAAUUAAAGCCUUCAAGUCAAGGUCUUUACGUGAAAAUCGUUUUUGUCAAGGCCAAAACAUCAACACCUACUCUUACAAGACUCUUCUUUUUUGCUCUCAAAACUUAA